GUUGUAUUCAAAAUGGCCGACGCUGGAGAUGUGUUGUGUUGAUAUUGAGUUGUGCCAAGAACAUUUAAUUGUGAUUUCUGGGAUUUUUUAUGGAAUUCAAAUGGAAAUAGAUUAUUCUUGAAACCCAUGCCAGGUAAACCAAACCAGCGCCCAUCCAGUGCAGGGGGGCGCAGCUCAGGUCAAGGCUCUCGCGGGGGCAGAAUGCCAGACUGGGGGCUGAGGCCCACACAGGGGCCCAAACUCCAUGAAGAUGCGUGCAUCAGUGAGGAGGUCAAGAUUGGUAUCAACCUAGCUAUUGAGAGGUUCCGCAUGAACGAACAACAGAAAGAGCUGGAGUUCCCAUCCUCACUAACUGCCACUGAGAGAGCUUACAUCCACAGACGGGCAGAGGAGCUGGGGCUCAAACACAAGAGCAGGGGACAGAAUGCUUCUCGCCAUCUGGUGCUGGCUAAGAAGGAAGGGACCAAGGCGGACAUCCGAAGUGCAGUGUUGCAGCUCGUCCGUAGCUCCAAGUUUCAGAUCGCCAACCUCCUGCAGAGAUUCCCACUCACAAGCAAGGAGAAACUGGAGCUGCUUCCAAACAUGGAUAAAGCUAUGGUCAAUGAAGUGUCCAAAGAACUGGCUCGUACAGCUACAGGCCGCCUGAACAACGGUCUUCCACAGGUGCCACCUGGCCGUGGUAGCUCUGAACUGUCCAGCUUUACACAAGCACUGCCUGUUAACAGAUACAGGGACACAAUCCUGGAUACCAUACGCAACAGUCAAGUCUGUAUGGUGUCUGGUGAGACCGGGUCUGGCAAAACUACACAGGUGCCCCAGAUGAUCUUGGAUGACUGCCACCGCACAGGGACUCAGUGCCGUAUCUUCUGUACCCAGCCCCGCCGGAUAGCAGCCCUCAGUGUGUCUGAGAGGGUGGCUGCGGAGAGGGGGGAGUCCAUCGGGCAGACUGUAGGCUUUCAGAUCAGGCUCGAGUCCAGGGUGUCUCCCAAGACCCUACUGACCUUUUGUACCAAUGGAGUGCUGCUGAGGACACUGAUGGGUGGGGAAAGUACUAUGGACACUGUCACACACGUUAUUGUGGACGAGGUUCACGAACGUGACAAGUUCUGUGACUUCCUGCUCAUUACUCUGCGAGACAUCGCACAGCGCAAUUCCCGUCUCAAGAUCAUACUCAUGUCCGCCACUCUCAACAUUGAUCUUUUUGUGAAGUACUUUUAUAAUUGUCCGGUAGUGUCAGUUCCAGGGAACUUGUUUCCUGUCGAAGAGCAUUUCUUGGAGGAAGUUCUUACCUGGACAGGUUACACAAACAAAAAGAUGCAAAAGUACAGAGCAGAAAUGUCAAAAAAGGCAGAGAAGGAGGCGCGGCUGUCAGACUGGGUGGACCCGCGGGUUGACGUGAGGAGGGAGAGACUCAGACAGAAGUAUGGUAGCCAGGAGGAGGAGGAGGGGGAACAGGCGGACAAGGUGUCUGAUAACAGGAACUCAGUCCUUAAACAGCUGGCCCAGCUGGGGUCGUGCCAUGUAGAGAAGGGUGAGGAGGAGCUGGAGCCCUGGGUACGGGCGGAGAUGGACCGCUGUAUGACCGAGAUAUGGCUCACAGGAGACGCAGAACUCUUCUCUCAGCUCUUCUACUUCAUCUCGUCAGAGAACGUCAGUGUUGACUACCAGCACUCAGAGACGUCAGUGACUGCUCUCAUGAUUGCUGGGGGCCGAGGUUUCCCAGCCGUGGUGGACCAGCUGCUAUCCCUGGAAGCAGACCCAGACAUCAAGUCCUCCAAUGGAUGGACAGCUCUCGACUGGGCGAGAAAGUUCAACCAGGAGGAGGUCAUAGCCCUCCUAGAGGCUAAUAUGCUGGUGAGUAAGACUGACCGGGGUAACCAAGGUGACCCAUUAGAGGAGGAGGAGGAGGGACAAGGCAUGUCAGAGGAGCAGAAAGAGCUGCUCACGACCUAUCAGCACUGCUGGAACGAUGACAAGGUCGACAUGGACCUUAUUGUGGCUCUGUUGAGGAUGAUCGUUACCACCAAACCUGAGGGCGCUGUGCUGAUAUUUCUACCGGGAUAUGAUGAGAUAGUGUCAUUGAGGUCACGUAUUGAAGAUGAUGAUUCCAUCGCCAAUGUUAGGUACAGCCUGUACUGCCUGCACUCGGCCAUGCAGACCAGUGACCAGAGGAAGGUGUUCAGGCCAGCAGAACAUGGAGUCAGGAAGAUUAUUUUGGCUACAAACAUUGCAGAGACCAGUAUAACUAUCAAUGAUGUUGUGUAUGUCAUCAACUCUGGAAAAGUAAAAGAAAAAACGUUUGAUUCACUCCUGCAAGUGACCAUGCUGAAAAGUAACUGGAUCUCCAAAGCCAGCACAGCUCAAAGGAAGGGCAGAGCGGGUCGUUGCCGACCAGGGGUGUGUUAUCACAUGUUCAGUCGUGUUCGCUACAGUCACAUGUGUGACUAUCCCACUGCAGAAAUCCUCAGGUGUCCGCUACAGGAGCUGUGUCUACAGACCAAGCUGCUGGCCCCUGCCAAUGAGAACAUUGAGGACUUCCUGUCGCGGGCCCCUGAACCACCGCCAUACCUGGUCACUAGGGCAGCUCUCAACAUACUCAAGCUCAUGGAUGCCCUGGAUGGUGGUCAGGAGCUGACAGAGCUAGGGCGCCACCUUGCAGACCUCCCAGUGGAGCCUCACCUGGGCAAGAUGGUCCUACACUCCAUUGUGCUCAAGUGCCUAGACCCCAUACUCACCAUUGUAUGUGCAAUCUCGUACAAGGACCCAUUCUUGUUGCCGGCGUGGGCCUCAGAGAAGAUGGCGGUGAAGGGGAUCAGAAAGGACUUCUCUGCCAACACUUUCAGUGACCACAUGGCCCUUCUCAGGGUCUUCCAAGCAUGGCAGAAGGCCCGUACAGAUGGAUGGGAGAGAAGUUUCUGUGACAAGAACUAUGUGUCUCCAGCCGUGAUGGAGAUGAUUGUAGGGAUGAGGGCUCAGUUACUUGGCCAGCUGCGUGCUUCCGGGUUUGUGCGUGCCCGAGGAGGUGGGGACAUCCGGGACUUGAACACAAACUCUGAGAACUGGGCGGUGGUGAAGGCUGCCCUCUGUGCUGGGGCCUACCCCAACAUUGUACGCUGGGACCAACAGGCCAAAAAACUCAUUGGACAGUCAUCAGGAAAGAUUGGUGUCCACAAGUCAUCUGUGUUGCCCACAGAGCCUCGCAGCCUGCCAUCAGACUGGUUGUUGUAUGAGGAGAUGACCCAGGCUGGCCAGGGAUCCUCCUAUACCAGUCUGGCCUGCAUACGGUGCUGCACCUUAGUGUCCCCCAUCACGGUGGCGCUGUUUGCAGGACCAGCCAAGCUACCGGCGGAUGCUGUGAAGGAUAACUUGUCAGACCUGGAGGGCUGUGGCCCUGGAGAGUCCAGUGACAGUGAGAAUGAGGACCCUGAUGACAACAAGACCUACCUGCUGCAGCUGUCUGAUUGGUUGGCAUUUAGGGUGGACCCUGAGUCUGUAGGCCUGGGAGUACAGCUGAGGCAGAAGUGGCAGGGUCUAUUCCUCCGUAGAAUGAGGGCCCCCUCCAAACCCAUGGCACCAGGAGACGAGGCAAUAAUCUCCACCCUUGUGACAGUUCUCAUUAAUGAAGAGCAAGCCUUGGGUCUACAGCAGCCUGCUGGUAUAGGACAGAGACCUAAACCCAUGUCUGCAGAGAGCAUCAUGUCAGGUGGAGGGAGAGGCCAGGGUAGUGUUCAUGAGGUGCAGGGGGACAUGUCCAGGCACAGAUUCUCCACGUCUGCCAAGAAGGCCACCAGCACACCACCCAAACGCAAGGACUUCAUGUCCCCAAAGCUGUCCCAGUCCAGUUCAGGCUCUGCGGUGGCCAGCCCUGUGAGCAGUGUGGGCACGCCCUCCAGUAGUCCCCAGGGGGUGCCUGCAGGAGCGGGCAGGUUUUUUGUCAUGAAGUGCUCCAGUCCUAGGAACAUCGACAUGUCCGUUAACAAGGGCGCCUGGGCAACCUCCAAGACAAAUGAAAAACGCCUCAACAAGGCCUUUCAGGAGGGUCACAUUGUGUACCUGAUAUUCUCCCUGCAAGGUAGUGGCCACUUCCAGGGCUAUGCAAAGAUGUCGUCCAUAAUUGGCACAGAGAAAUCCUAUGACUACAAUGGUCAAGGGGGCGUCUUCUCAGUAGACUGGGUCAAAAGGGCCAACCUGCCAUUCCAGAUGACCCACCAUUUGUUGAACCCCUGGAAUGAAAAUAAGAGGGUGCAGAUCAGCAGAGACGGACAGGAGAUCGAGCCCUCUGUAGGUGAGGCCUUGAUACACCUGUGGGACCGUUUCCCUGACAACAGUGGUGACCACACCCUGUCUGAGGACCCUGGGGUAGGCUGGAUGGGAGAGACGGGGGCUGCUAGGGGCCACUACACUCAGGGCUACAACAGGCAUGAUUACAAUGAGGGCCAGGACUAUGGGGAGGAACAGGUCUAUCAGGAUCAGUACUGGGGAGGCUAUCAGAACAGCCAGCGAGGUCGCCCCUGGCAACCCAGAGGUCAAGGUCACAUGUACCAAGGGCAUUAUGGCUACCAAGGUCACAUGAUGGUGCUGCCUAGAGAUGGACAGAACUAUAAACAGCAGGGAUACUUUCAACACAGGAAGUGAAAAACGUCAUGAGUGUCUGGCUCUCUUUAUUUUAGUGCCAAAACUUUGCUAAAUGACGUUCAUUAGGAUCUGUAAAAGGCUUUUAACAAAUCAUUGAUGAAAUAUUGAAACAAGUUAGAAAACAUUUCAAGUAAAUUUUGAUUUUAAAAAAUGUUUUAGAACUAUCUAACAUUUUGUUAAUUGUUGUCUGCAUUGUAUCUAUAUAAUUGACUUUGUUUUUGUUAUGAGAUUAAUUUAUAAGUCCAUUUAUGUAUACUUCAGUUACAUAUACAGUUAUUAGAACAUAAACUUGUAUUAAUAUUUGAUAUUAUUGAAGGAGUUCCUCUUUUUCAUGUUAAUCUGCAUCAAUUGUAUGUGUUCAACAAUUUGUGGCAAUCACUGCAUUAUAACAAUGUCAGACAUUUUUUGCAACAACCUUAAAAAGCCAGAAUUGUAAUUCAAAAGAAAGUGUGCACUACAGUAUAAUCAUAUCAGAAAGCAAACAGUGCUUGCGUGAGCUAGCAGCAUAGCUUGCCUGCCAUGUAACUUUGAUAUUAGUCAUUUAAUUGAUAAUAACUCAGGACAAUAGACUGCCAUGAAGAAUUACCAGGUCCUAUGUAACACCUAUCUCCCCACCUAAAAUGUCAAGGUCUCUCAAGUAUCAGGUCUGAAGUCAAAUUGUGUCAUAAAACUUCUUCUCCAGACUGAAACUUAAACAUGAAAUUUAAAAAUGAAUAAACACAAACAUCCACUUUGAGAAGAUGACACAUUUAGAGUAAAACCCAUCUCCCUUCUUCAAAGGUCAGGUUAAAAGAUCAAUGUUUUAAUUUUACCAUGAAAAAGAUAAUUCAUCAUGCAAUUCUAAAAUAAUCAUAGCGCAAAGGUCUAGAUUACACUUUGAAGUCAAAUUUGAGUGUUAGAUAGCUUGUCUAUGGCUCCAAGCAAGAACUAUAUCAUUCAUCAUACGAUAAUUUACCUCAAAUGUACAGUUGGCUUGUAAUUUAUAUGGCAUGUGUCCUAUAUCAGAAGUCCAAUGCAUACCGUACUUCAAGAUACUUGGGCAUAAUACAGUUUGUCAUCCUGCAAUGUUGAAUUAAUUUACCACAAAUGUUCACCAGUUGGAUCUCAGAAUUGUCACUAGAAAGUAUUGAACAGCUUGUUUAAUAUUUACAUGCAUUAUAUGCAUAAGACUUUACAUGUCUAACUCUGAAUAAAAAGGAAGAUAUAAUUGCAAAUCAAAACAAAUUGAAAUACAAAAGGCCUCAUAAAAAUUACGAUUAUUUAAAUGCUUUGUUUGGGAAUUUCUCAUUGUAAUGUUUGCUUGUUCAUAAAAUUUGCACUUAAAUGUCAAUUGUUAGUGAUACCGUCCAUUUAUGACUCUAUGUAUAUAAUGCAUGUCUUUUAACUUUAAAAUCCAUUUGCGUGCUUUUAUGUAAAUAGCUUAAAAUAUAUUGUGCAGUUAGAGCAAUUUACUAUAAAACUUUCCUGAAACGAUUAUCAAAGAGUUCAAUUAAGUCUGUAUUAGACCAUAUUUGGCCUCUACAUAUAACCUGUUAAGUAAGGAUAUUGAAAGCAAUAUUAGUAAAUUUGAAAUCAGAUGAAACUUUCAUGAAGCAAAUAUACGUGUUAAAUUUAAUGUGUUCAGACCAUGGCACGAGUCAUAUUUACAAUUUGUUGCUCGAAAUGCGUUGAUGUAUUUUCUGAACAAGUAAAAUAAAUUAUGUAUUUAUUGUGUUGGUACUUACAUGAAGUAUGUUGUAAUUUUAUUUGUUCUUUUAACUUAAUGUGAAUAAUAAAACUCAUGUUAGUGCUUUAGGA